AUGCUGCGCUGCGGCGAUCAUUCGAGAAGCCGACCGGUAGAUUGCCUGGCGGCGGAAUUAUCUCCGCUGAUUGAAAAUCUUGCAGCCGUGUACGGAAGAGAAACUGACCUCAAGGAGUUGCUACCUUUCCCUAUACAUUGCCCGGCUUGUCAGAAUCCGCUUGCUGAAUGCAGAAGCUCGGCAGCUGCUGCAAUCAUAGUCGACCUGGCUGGCAUUGUGGAAAAGCAGCAUGUCCCAUUACGCUGCAGGCGUCCAUCCUGCCCUGGCUUUGGGGUGCUGUAUUGGCACAACUACAGGGUGCCUGAAGGGCGGCACGUUUUUCAUGGAAAGCUACCAGGCUUCCGUUGCUUCAUGCUAUCUUCUGUUUUUGGCUUUAGUGUGCCGUGGCUUCAGCAGUUCCAUGCUGGCCUGGUCAGGCAGCACGCGUCAUUCACUAGUGAAGCGGAUGUGCUCACUGCGCAGGCUGCCCGCCUACGUCUGCUCAUCAGCCAAGGUUGGUAUACAUGGCGCCUUCUCACAAGGGCACUGGGGGCAGAUCUGAACCUGUCUGAGAUGGACUUUUUGAAGCCUUUGGAAGACAUGGUGGCCCUUUUCUUGCCGCAGUUGCAACACACAUUUGGACAGAAUAUGUUGCAGGCAGCACAAGAAGCAGGCAUGCGCUGCGAUGUGGUGGUCCUCGAUGGCAACGCCAAGAAUCGGAGGGCUGUGUGUGCAGCAGCUUUGGCCGGACGUCGGCCUUCCGCCAUGCUUUUUGCCGUUGGCAUUGCGAAGGACCUAUGGACGGAGAAGAUCACCUUCAGGAUCAGUCGCAAAGCCUUGGCGAAGCAUCUUCUCCAUAUUGCCAUCAGCUUCUCGGCCUGCGGGGACAAACAGUCCUGCAGACCUGCAGAUUCAGCAGCUGCCGCUGGCAUAGCCCCGCCAAAGCUGACCUACGUAUGCGAUAAGUUUCACAUGGCCGGACACACAGACGCCUGGUGCAGGAAGACUUGUGAUCCGGACCUGCCGGAACAUGCAGUGGAAUCAAGAUUGGAAGAGAGCUUGCCAGAGCCGGCAGUGCAAGAUGGAUUGCCAGGUGGGCCUUCCGGAGGGCUUCGAAGGUAUUUGCGGCCAAAAGUACUAUCAGCUACAGUGGCCAGCUCCACGCCAGAAGAAUGGUUUCAUCGUUGCUCCGGAGACUGGGACCAAGUCCGGAACGCGGACAAGUUGCCAGGUGACUUCUCGGGCCGGUGUUGGUACGGCUUACUCGGCAACUUUGAUGAAGCCUACGACUUCUUGCUCAGUCUUGGGCUUUUGUCAGAUCCCAGCACAUCUUCCAAGGACAAAGCAAAAUCGAAGGUGAACCCGUACCAGAGCGCUUUCAACAAGCUGCUGCAAUUCGGCUCCAGCGUCAGAGCCACGAAAACAGCAGGAGCUUCGCGGCACCACUGGGUCCCCCUCACUCCUGACAUUGCUGAGUUUAUCGGCGUUGCCAAAGAAGCGGCAUCUCCGCUCAGGAAUGGCGCGAGGCCGGCUUCGCAGAUGCAGGAAUGUUCCAUUCAUACAGCAGUGGCCCGACUGACGGCAUACUUCUCAGGGCCGCACCAAGUCAUCACUCUCACUGCGGAAGCAGAGUCGUGGCACUUGUCCUACCAGGGCGCCAUGAAUGUUCAGAGCCAUGUCGUUCGUGAGCCUGGGGACGUGCAAGCUGGUGCUCGUUUUGGUGCAGCUCCUUGGCAAGUAGGCGUCCUGGCAGCCUUGCUCUUGGUAUUCGAGAUCUUUGUUGGGGCCCAUUCCGUUGAAGCUCUUCAAGCAAAAGCUUUGCAGGUUCAGAGGUUGAAGCAGAUUGCACUCGGGGAUGCUGCCACAAGCCCAGACAAUGCCCCGCCGCUGGAACAAGAGGCUUCCUUUGAUGUGGGCUCUCUACGUGUUCCAUAUGAUGAACAUGCUUUUGCACCUGCAACGCAGCCGCGGAGACCAGUCGAUGAGAGUGAGGAUGAGGAUGAUGAAGGGGACGCGGGAGAAGUUGACAUGGAGCCACCCCAAGAGCCUGCUGAACACUUGGCCCAGCCGCCCCAGGCAAUUUUGAAGCAAACGCUUCUGACAGGGAAGCCCAAGGUCACGUGCAAGGAGGCUUGUGACAAGAUGCGCAGCUUCCGACACGCAGGUCGCAAGGCUUUACCCAAGGAAAAGUGGACUGCUGUGAUGGUCAUACCUGACACUUCCGAUGGCAAGGUGCGGUACCACAACGAUCUCAUGAAAGCCUGCGGCCUCACCUUGCGGGAGCUGAUCGCAGCCAUGAACAAGACAACUGAGGCAUCUGAGAAGUCCGAGCAAGACCGCCGUGCAAAACGUACCAGGGAUGAGUGA